AUGCCCUGCCUGUCUCUUUUCUUCUUUGCUUUUGAGGCUCCGUGCCCCUCAGUGCAGCUGUCGCCACCCCAGCGCUGCCCCUCGGACGCCGCCAGCCUGUGCCAGCUGACAGCCAAGGCAGCCUCCCACCCUGGUUCCCCGCCCACCUCCCACCAUAAAGAGAGCCGGACAGCAGGCCAGAGGAGCAAGGGGACAAGACAGGAGGGAAAGAAAGAGAGAGGAGGGGAGCUCCAGGGCAACUUCUUUUUUCCCGCGUGGGGGGAGGGGGCAGGAAAGACGACCGUUUCCCCCACUGGGAACUGCGACCCGAGCGUCUUUCCUUCUCCGCCGGACCUGCCCCGCAUCGGGAUGAAGUGGUUCGGGCUGCUGCUGGCGCUGCUGCUGGCUGCGGCGGGCCCCGGGGCCCGGGGCCAGGAAGGGCUGGAUUUCCCCGAGUACGACGGCAUCGACCGCGUCGUCGACGUCAACGCCAAGAACUACAAGUCGGUGCUGAAAAAGUUCAGCGUGCUGGCGCUGCUCUACCACGAGCCGGUGGGCGACGACAAGGCCUCGCAGAAGCAGUUCGAGCUGGAGGAGCUGAUUUUAGAGUUAGCAGCCCAAGUCCUGGAGGAGAAGGGAGUGGGGUUUGGCCUGGUGGAUUCGGAGAAGGACGCAGCAGUGGCCAAGAAGCUAGGGCUGACGGAGGAGGACAGCGUGUACGUGUUCAAGGAGGAUGAGAUGAUCGAGUACGACGGGGAGUUUGCGGCCGACACCCUGGUGGAGUUUCUCCUGGAUGUGCUGGAAGACCCGGUGGAGUUCAUCGAGGGAGACCGUGAGCUCCAGGCCUUCGAUAACAUUGAAGACGAGCCCAAACUCAUCGGCUACUUCAAGAACGAGGAAUCAGAACAUUUCAAGGCCUUUGUGGAUGCCGCUGAGGAGUUCCACCCAUACAUCCCUUUCUUUGCAACCUUUGACGGCAAGGUGGCCAAGAAGCUGACCCUGAAGCUGAACGAGAUCGAUUACUACGAGCCAUUCAUGGACAAGCCCGUCACCAUCCCUGACAAGCCCAACAGCGAGGAGGAGAUCGUGCAGUUCAUCGAGGAGCACAAGAGGUCAACACUGAGGAAGCUGAAGCCAGACAGCAUGUAUGAGACCUGGGAAGAUGACAUGGACGGAAUCCACAUUGUGGCCUUUGCAGAGGAGGACGACCCUGACGGUUACGAGUUCCUGGAGAUCCUGAAGGAUGUUGCCCAGGACAAUACGGACAAUCCCGACCUGAGCAUCAUCUGGAUCGACCCGGAGGACUUUCCCCUGCUGAUCCCAUACUGGGAGAAGACGUUCGAUAUCGACCUGUCCCAGCCCCAGAUUGGUGUGGUCAACGUCACAGAUGCUGACAGCAUCUGGAUGCAGAUGGACAACGAGGAGGACCUGCCAUCCACGGAGGAGCUGGAGGACUGGCUCGAGGACGUGCUGGAGGGGGAGAUCAACACGGAGGAUGAUGACGACGACGACGACGACGAUGACGAUGACGAUGAUGACGAUUAG